AUGAACCCAGAGAAGGAUUUCGCGCCGCUCACGCCCAACAUCGUGCGCGCCCUCAAUGACAAGCUCUACGAAAAGCGGAAGGUGGCAGCACUGGAGAUCGAGAAGCUGGUCCGGGAGUUCGUGGCCCAGAACAACACCGUGCAGAUCAAGCAUGUGAUCCAGACGCUGUCUCAGGAGUUUGCCCUGUCCCAGCACCCGCACAGCCGGAAAGGGGGCCUCAUCGGCCUGGCCGCCUGCUCCAUCGCGUUGGGCAAGGACUCGGGGCUCUACCUGAAGGAGUUGAUUGAGCCGGUGCUGACCUGCUUCAACGAUGCUGACAGCAGGCUGCGCUACUACGCGUGUGAGGCCCUCUACAACAUCGUCAAGGUGGCCCGAGGCGCUGUGCUGCCCCACUUCAACGUGCUCUUUGACGGGCUGAGCAAGUUGGCUGCUGACCCAGACCCCAAUGUGAAGAGCGGCUCUGAGCUCCUAGACCGCCUAUUAAAGGACAUCGUGACGGAGAGCAACAAGUUCGACCUGGUGGGCUUCAUCCCCUUGUUGCGGGAGAGGAUUUAUUCCAACAACCAGUACGCCCGGCAGUUCAUCAUCUCCUGGAUCCUGGUUCUGGAGUCCGUGCCAGACAUUAACCUGCUGGAUUAUUUGCCGGAGAUCCUGGAUGGACUCUUCCAGAUCCUGGGCGACAACGGCAAAGAGAUUCGGAAAAUGUGUGAGGUGGUCCUUGGAGAAUUCUUGAAGGAAAUUAAAAAGAACCCCUCCAGUGUUAAGUUUGCUGAGAUGGCCAACAUCCUGGUGAUCCACUGCCAGACCACGGACGACCUGAUCCAGCUGACAGCCAUGUGCUGGAUGCGGGAGUUCAUCCAGCUGGCCGGCCGGGUGAUGCUGCCCUACUCUUCUGGGAUCCUGACCGCUGUCUUGCCCUGCCUGGCCUAUGAUGACCGCAAGAAGAGCAUCAAGGAGGUGGCCAAUGUGUGCAACCAGAGCCUGAUGAAGCUGGUCACCCCCGAGGAUGACGAGCCCGACGAGCCCAAGCCAGUGGUUCAGAAGCAGGCAGAACCCAACCCUGAUGACUCGUUGGCAAAGCAGGAGGGAACAGCCAGUGGAGGGCCCGAUGGUUCUUGUGACUCCAGCUUUAGCAGCGGCAUCGUCUUCACUCCAGCCAGCACUGAGAGGGCCCCGGUCACCCUCCACCUCGACGGGAUUGUGCAGGUUCUGAGCUGCCACCUCAGCAACAUGGCCAUCGGGAUGAUGACCAGGAUCGCUGUCCUCAAGUGGCUCUACCACCUCUACAUCAAGACCCCCCGGAAGAUGUUCCGGCACACAGACAGCCUCUUCCCUACCCUACUCCAGACGUUAUCAGAUGAAUCCGACGAGGUUAUUCUGAAGGAUCUGGAGGUAUUGGCAGAAAUUGCUUCCUCCCCCGCAGGCCAGAUGGAUGACCCAGGCCCCCUCGAUGGCCCUGACCUCCGGGUCAGCCACUCAGAGCUCCAGGUGCCCACCCCUGGCAGAGCUGGCCUACUGAAGACUCCUGGUACCAAAGGCUUGGAGUGUUCUCCUUCGACUCCGACCAUGAACUCGUACUUUUACAAGUUCAUGAUCAACCUUCUCAAGAGGUUCAGCAGUGAACGGAAGCUUCUGGAGGUCAGAGGCGGCUUCAUCAUCAGGCAGGUCUGCCUACUGCUGCAUGCGGAGAACAUCUUCCACUCGAUGGCGGACAUCCUGCUCCGGGAGGAGGACCUCAAGUUCGCCUCGACCAUGGUCCACACCCUCAACACCAUCCUGCUGACCUCCACUGAGCUCUUCCAGCUGCGAAACCAGCUGAAGGACCUGAAGACCCCGGAGAGCCAGAACCUGUUCUGCUGCCUGUACCGCUCCUGGUGCCACAACCCAGUCACCACGGUGUCCCUCUGCUUCCUCACCCAGAACUACCGGCACGCCUACGACCUCAUCCAGAAGUUCGGGGACCUGGAGGUCACUGUGGAUUUCCUCACGGAGGUAGACAAGCUGGUGCAGCUGAUCGAGUGCCCCAUCUUCACAUAUCUGCGCCUGCAGCUGCUGGAUGUGAAGAACAACCCGUACCUGAUCAAGGCCCUGUACGGCCUGCUCAUGCUGCUGCCCCAGAGCAGCGCCUUCCAGCUGCUCUCCCACCGGCUCCAGUGUGUGCCCAACCCCGAGCUGCUGCAGACGGGAGACGGUCUGAAGGCAGCCCCCAAGUCACAGAAAGCAGACUCCUCGAGCAUUGACUACGCCGAGCUGCUGCAGCACUUUGAAAGGGUCCAGAAGAAGCACCUGGAAGUGAGGCACCAGCGGAGUGGGCGUGGGGAUCACCUGGACCGGAGGGUUGUCCUCUGA